AUGUCAUAUGAUUAUGGUUUUCCAAUAACAUUUCCAGAACAAAGUUCUAUAGAAAACAAUUCAAUACAAACCAAUACAACAACCACAUCAUCAUAUACAAAUAGGAAAAGCAAAGUUUGGGAUUAUUUUUCUAUGCCAUAUGGAAUUCCCAAUAGUAAAACGAAAUGUCAUGAAUGUGGAAAAGAAUUUUCAUAUAGUGGAUCACCUUCUUCAUUAAAAUAUCACUUGGCUCAUAAACAUAAUAUUGAUAUAUUCACAAAUAAUUCAAAUAGUUCAAAUCAACAUAAAAAAUCUUCAUCUAAUAAUAAUCGUAAAACAAAAUGUUAUGAAUGUAAAAAAGAAUUUUCAUAUAGUGGAUCUCCUUCUUCUUUGAAAUAUCAUUUAACUCACAAACAUAAUAUUGAUAUAUCUCAAAUUAAAUAA